AUGAAGCUGAUGAUGUCGCAAAGCGGAGCUGCGAAUAACAAGUCCAAUUGCCAUUUAGACGCGAGAUUACGCGGCGGCAGCACCACCACCACGAACAGUGAAAGAAAAAAGAAAGUUAUUGCUGGAGCCGGUUGUUGUCGUGGUUCUACUGGCAACCUGCUGCAGCAGCCAUUCCUCCUCGCUGCUGCUGCUGCACUUUGCAUAUUGCUGGAGGUUCGCUUGUGCCGUGCGACUCCUGCAGCGGCAGCGUUGACGCCCGCCAAUGAGACCGCGUGGCCGCCCAUGUAUCAUUAUGAUAUUUGGAACGACAAUCCAAACGAAGCGCAGCAGCAGGAAGAGGAGCAGGAGAAUGCCAUUGAAAUGCAGCAGCAGAUGGAGUUGGAGCUGCAGCAGCAGAGUCUCAAUCAGAGUCUGUCAGGGCAUGGCCGGCACGGCAAAGUGAUUCAUUUAUUUCCUGUGCCCGUGGAUGGGGAUUGCCUGUCCAACGAUAAUCGUCGCAUGGGCAACUGCCUGAAUGCCUACGAGUGCCGCCAAAAGGGUGGCCAGGCGCAGGGCGAGUGUGCUAUGGGUUUCGGCGUCUGUUGUGUGUUCCUCGCCAGCUGCAAUGUCACCAUAACCAACAACAUCACCUACAUCGUGUCGCCCAGCUUUCCCAGCUUCAUGCCCAGCAACUUCACUGGCUGCCGACUGAGGGUCAAAAUGAUGAGCGAGGAUAUCAGCCAGUUGAGGAUUGACUUUCAUCACUUCACGCUGGGACAACCGAAUCGCAGGACGGGCGUGUGCGAGGGCGAUGCAUUCAACAUAAGUGGCGGUCCAGGCGGUGCCCUCACGCUUUGUGGACAGAACAGUGGACAGCAUUUGUACUAUGAUGUGGGCGCUCGCGCCUCGCCACGACAAUCCACGACAUUGUAUGGCAGCCUGCGACCCGUGGAUCCUCUCAAUGUGAGCAGCUCGAGCAAUGCCACCACUGGCGAUCGCUUCAUUGACAUCAGCCUCAGCCUGUCCAAUCGGUUGCUGCCGCUGCGCAUUUGGGAGAUGAGCGUCGUGCAGAUACCCUUCAGCCAGCGUGCACCAGCGGGCUGUCUGCAGUAUCACACGGGCCUCGAGGGCGUGCUGCAGACCUUCAACUUUGCGGAGAACGGGCGGCACUUGGCCAACCAGAACUACCGCAUUUGUGUGCGCCAGGAGACGGACAUGUGCUCGAUUAUGUAUCAGCCAUGCGAUGAGCAAUCAUUUAGGAUUGGUGGCGGAGGGAGGAUGUCCUCGGGCACAACAGCUUUCUCGCUGAAUGAUGACGGAGGUGGGACGGCUGGGAGUGCCGAACCAGCUGCCGCACAGUCGGAUACUGCAGGAGGAGGAGCAACAGCUGCCGGAGGAGGCACAACUGCACCUCCAGCUAAUGGAGUGACAACCACCGCAGCCCCCACGUCUACCAGCCUCAUGCAGAUGCUGGCCAACAUGGCCAACUCCACCACCACGACUCUGAUGUCCAUGAUGUCCAGCAACUCGACUGCUGCAUCAUCGGCCAGUCCUUCCACCGCCAGCAGCAGCACAGUAGCCAUGACCACGACGACAACCAGCACCACUCCGACGCCUCUGCGCUCCAGCACUGCGGCUGCCACCGAAGAGAGCACGAGCACAUCCUCCUCUGAGGCGCCUGCAUCCUCGCCGGCCAGCGAUGAUGUGGAAGGUUCUGGCGGUGAGGAUGGCACCGACGAUGACGAUGGGGGCUUCCUGUUCUUUCGGAGUCCGCCAACCACAGAAGAACCGGGCUUCUCGCGACGUCCACGGCCCGUGGGCAGCAGUCCCAGUGGCGGAUUCGAUCUGUUUGGCUUCCUGCGCAACGCUUUUGAUUUGCAACUGGGACGACGGCGUCGCCGCGAGGCUCGCCAGUUCUUUAGCACCUGCACGGAUCGCAUAACAAUGCCCUGCAUCAUCGAGGACUUCAUUGGCACUGGCCUGGGUCCGCUGCCCGGCUGUGAGCCCGUGCACUGUGGCGCGCAGUUCUGUUCCUCGGGCGUGUGGCCAUGCCGCAUCGAAAGUACAGUCACGCCCUUCUACAUCGGUGUGCACUUUGGCGAUGGUGUGGGUGUGGGCAAGGGCAGUGCUGAGGACAAUGUGGGAGCCUGUCUGCGCUUCAACCAAGUGCAGUGCAUGUGAGGGUUCAGCAAGGAUGUGUGGCCACAUUUCGUUUUAGAAA